UCCUCAUUACCUUCACGUUCUCCUCCACGUCCACUUCAAUUUCCCUCCACUUCCCAUCCCCACUACCUUCACACCUUCUUUUAACUGCUCCUGCUCUCCCACUCAUCCUUCUUCAACCUUCAAUUUUUCCCAGAAAAAAAAAAAAAAAAAGUACAACUUUCUUGUGCUUAUCAUAAUCAACCCUGUUAUUGAUAUAUAUAUAUAUUUCACAACCACUACUAUUCUUUUCUAAUCAUGAGCAACAUGGAGGACUGGCCUGAGCCAGUGGUUCGUGUUCAAUCUUUGUCCGACAGCGGCCUCUCAUGCAUUCCCCCUCGCUAUGUCAAACCUUUGUCAGAUAGGCCAACGUUCGAGAAUACUUCCUCUAAUUACGACAACGCCAAUAUCCCAAUUAUUGACCUCUCCGGCUUGUUUGAGAACAAAAAUGGAGAUUUAAUAGUUACGAGUAGUAAUAAUAGUAGUAAUAGUAAUACGUUUAGUCAGAUUUCGGUGGCAUGUCGUGAAUGGGGAUUUUUCCAGGUGGUCAACCAUGGUGUAAGCCAUGAAUUAAUGGACGGAGCUCGAGAAGCAUGGCGGGAAUUCUUCCAUUUGCCGAUGGAGAAGAAACAGAAGUAUGCUAAUAAGCCAAGAACUUAUGAAGGAUAUGGUAGCAGGCUGGGGAUCGAGAAAGGUGCGAUUCUUGAUUGGAGUGAUUAUUAUUAUCUUCACUAUCUUCCUUUGUGCUUGAAAGACUUCAACAAAUGGCCUGCUUCACCUCCUUUUUCCAGGUAAUUAAUUAAUUAAUUAAUUAAUUACUCAA